CAUUCACCGAUCAUGACACAGCUACUGGAGGCAACCAGUCCCGGAACGGCCUCGAGCCAGGGAAGUUCCAGCAAUGGAUCGUCCCUUUCACGGCUGAUGCGUUUCAGUCCCGGGCUGCACCAUCACACCGGCACCAUCUCACCCUUCCCGUCUGAGAUGUCCGAUAUAGCCGACACUGGUUCACCCACGCUCCAGCCACUACACACGCUGUUCACGACCACCUCCAAUGGGCCACUGGCGUCCACCACAUCCGGAUCUCUAGCAAGCGCAACCUCCACCAGCUCGAUGACCACAUCACAGGAGUUACUAAACAGCAGCAGGAGCAGCAGCAAAAGCUCCAAACUGUCGUCGUCGACGUCUUCCUCCAGCACGACCACGAAGCAUGUGGAGAAGAGUUCCUCCUCCACGCAACGCAUGUCAUCCCUAACGUCCUCCUCGAGCAGCAGCACUACAUCGGCCGCCGCGGUCAAGCAAGGCCUCGGCGAGAUGCAGAACUCGAUGGCAGAAAUGAAGAACAUGAUGGGCCACAGCAGCAGUACCUCCCAGAAUCUGUCGACCACCACCUCCUCAUCGUCCAUGAAAUCCUCAUCCGCCCUCGCGAACCAUCUACAGCAGCGCAAAAUGUCGGCCAAAAUCAACGAUAUAAAGACGAGGCUCCGCUCGUCGAUGGAUAGUCUCGAUGAUCCGCAGGCGGAUCCACUCGUUACCUUCCCGGACUCGGAAAAUGAUGACGAUCUGUCCGGUAUGGCAUCGGGCCUGAAACCGCUCGGCGCAAACGGUGCUAAUGGUAUGCUCGUACCGAACGGCACCCAUCAUCAGGCACUCGUGAACGGUUCCGCCGGUACGGUCGACACGGUCAAGUUCGAGCAGAAGAAAAUGACGUCCGAGUCAAAGACGAAGGUGAUGACGGACGGGUUUAGCAGCGAGCAGGCCACUAUCAAUUCGGCCGAAUCGAAAAAGAUGCAGGCGGGUGAGCUGCAGUACCAGGAGCAGGCUGCACUGGCCGCGAUGAGCAGCCGGAUGGAGAUGAACGGUGUGACGGCAGAAGAGAAGGGUGCCAUACUGAAGGAAGCCCGAUCGGUGAAGAUGGGUGAUUUCCAGCAGGCGGAAGCAAACAACAUUGCAGCCCACAGUCGCAAAGUGCAGAGUGAUCACUUUAGUGCGGAAAACAAGGCAAUCUCGCAGGCCCAACAAAAGCAAACGGUUUCAUCGAGCGGUAUCUUUAACCAGGAAAAGCACGUCUCCUCCACGACACAGUCCACCUUUACCAUGUCCAACACGAGCACGAUCAGUUCAUCCUCCCAGAUGAGCACACUAUCGUCGUCCUCCGCAAUGAACGGCCUGUUGGGUGAUGAGUUUCCCUCGUUCGAAGACUUUGAACGGUUGGGCAAUACGCCGGAAGAGAUCGAUAAUACGAUCAUGAAGUACUCGAAGCAUUUGGCAAGCUAUGUGCAGAAUCUGCAGCAAACGGAACAGCUCAAGAAGGCACCAACGUUGCUAAACCAUAUGAACGAAAUCAUUCGACGAGCGUGGGCCGUACCGACGCAUGGACACGAGCUCGGCGCUAGUUUGUGUGACACAUUGCGCAAUACCGGUGGACUCGAUAUACUGAUGCGAAACUGUGUGGAUAACGAUUCGGAGGUACAGUUCUCAUCCGCUCGACUGCUGGAACAGUGUCUUACGACCGAGAAUCGCACGCACGUGGUCAAGAAUGGGUUGGACAAGGUGGUAAAUGUGGCGUGCGUUUGUACGCGCAAUAAUGCGACCGAUCAUUCGCGCGUUGGCACCGGCAUACUGGAGCAUCUGUUCAAGCACAGCGAAGACACCUGCUCGAACGUGAUACGGCUCGGCGGUUUGGAUGCGGUACUGUUCGAGUGCCGGAAGAACGACGUCGAAACGCUACGGCACUGUGCGGGCGCGUUGGCCAAUCUGUCGCUGUACGGUGGGUCGGAAAAUCAGGAGGCUAUGAUCAACCGGAAGGUACCGUCCUGGUUGUUCCCGCUAGCCUUCCACAACGACGAAAACAUUAAGUACUACGCGUGCCUAGCGAUCGUGGUGCUGGUUGCGAACAAGGAGAUCGAAGCGGAAGUGAUCAAGUCCGGUACGCUGAAUCUGGUGGAACCGUUCGUAACGACGCACAAUCCGUCCGAGUUUGCCAAGUCGAACCUAGCGCACGCCCACGGUCAAAGCAAACACUGGUUGCAGCGGUUGGUGCCGGUGUUGAGUUCGAAGCGCGAAGAAGCACGCAAUCUGGCCGCGUUCCACUUCUGCAUGGAGGCGGGCAUUAAGAAGGAGCAGGGUAAUACGAACAUUUUCAAGGAGAUUGGAGCGAUCGAACCCUUGAUACGGGUGGCAAGCUCACCGAACGCGAUCGCAUCGAAGUUUGCCGCCCAGGCGUUAAGGUUGAUUGGGGAGGAGGUACCGCACAAGCUGUCUCAACAGGUGCCGCUCUGGUCGACGGAAGAUGUACGAGAAUGGGUGAAGCAGAUUGGGUUCGGGGAGUACGAGCAGAGCUUUUACGAUUCGAAGGUGGACGGUGAUCUGCUGCUGCAGAUGCAGGAUUGCAACCUGUGCAAUGAUAUCGGCAUGAAGAAUGGAAUCUUGCGGAUACGGUUUUUGCGCGAGUUGCAGAAUCUGAAGAAGAUGGCGGAUUAUAGUUCGCGCGAUCCGGAUGGACUGCACGCGUUCCUGAGUCGCAUUGGGCCGGAGUACACGAUCUACACGUACACGAUGUUGAAUGCUGGAGUGGACAUUGAAUCGUUGCGAACGUUGGACGAGGAUCAGCUGACGGCAACGUGUGGCAUCACGAACGCUAUCCAUCGGUCGCGCAUACUGCAGGUGAUCAAGAUGAACGAAUCGAUACCAUCGUUCCGUUCGGAGCAAAGUACGGAGAAAAGUUUGGACGUGUUUGUGAGCUACCGGCGAAGCAAUGGGUCACAGUUGGCGAGCUUGCUAAAGGUACAUCUGGAGCUGCGCGGCUUCUCGGUGUUUAUCGAUGUGGAGCGGUUGGAGGCGGGAAAGUUUGAUAAUAAUCUGCUGCAGAGUAUUCGGCACGCGAGACACUUCCUGCUGGUGUUGACGCCGGAUGCGUUGAACCGUUGUGUGGACGAUGUCGAGUGUAAGGAUUGGGUGCAUCGGGAAAUUGUCGCAGCUCUCAACUCGGAAUGUAACAUUAUACCGAUCAUCGAUAACUUCCAGUGGCCCGAGCCGGAAAAGUUGCCCGAAGAUAUGCGCGGUGUGUGCCAUUUCAAUGGAAUACGCUGGAUCCACGACUAUCAGGAUGCGUGUGUGGACAAAGUGGAAAGGUUCAUGCGAGCAGAAGCAAACGGUCGCGGAGGAAUGAUGGAUCAUGGCAGCAGACUGCACAGCCGCCAGCCGGGCGAUGCCACACCCUCGUCCGCCAUCUACCAGCGCAUGCACAGUAACGAUUCGGGCAAGAGCAGCGACAAGGAGAACAGCCGUAACCUCGAAUGACUAGAUGCCCCUUCGGUUGCCAAUCUGCCCCCGGUGUCGGCGUUAGGUUCGACCGGAUCGUUGAACGGUUCGCCGAGUACCAUCCCAGCU